GGAGAUCGUGGGAGAGCGUCGUCUGAGUCGUAGUUGAGGGACAUCCUUGAAAGGGAGGAAGAUGGCUCAGAGAAAUCGAUGGCAGUGGAUGCGCGGGCGCUGAAGCUGCGGUCGCCAAGGCCAGGCUGCGGAAAUAUAUUCAGCCGAGAUCCGCGCCUCGUAUUUCCGCGCCGCUUGGAGGCGCGAACAAAUUCGCCCAAGACGUUGCGAGCGGGGUCUUGCCGAUAAAGAACUAAGCUGGUUGUUGUCAUUGCGCUUCAUCUUGACAUCCGGCCGAUCACGCAGCCAAUCAUGGAUAUUAACCUGCUCAUACAUGGCUCAGAAGUCCAGUCUCCGAAUUCAGGCCCCGUCCCUCAGUUGACAACCCCGACUACCCGUGACCCUAAACGGCUAGUGGGUAUCAACUCUCAAGCACCACUUCCGGAGGAGCCACCAGCCAAGAAGCAGUUCAACUCCUCGGCAAGCAGGAAGAGCUCCGCCUCGGUAGCUUCUGUAUCCACGGGGGCCACGGCAACCUACACAACAGCAGCUUCAACUUACACACCCUCUCCAGCGUAUGAUACCAUUUCCCCCGCCAAUAUAGCAGCAACGCCAGCCUAUGGAACUUCUUCACCCAACCAUGCCUGUUCGGCGUACCAAUCGGCUUCCGCUGCGUCCAUGCAGGGCGGGCCAGUUCUUCCAGCCAUUGCAGAGCCUCAUCGGCACCUACGGUUUCGGCCUCUCUCUGGAACUCCAGUGAGCGCUACAAUUCAGCCAGGCCCGCCGGGCACGAACGGAUCGCCGCCGUCCCGAAUGCUCAAACGCGCCGCAUCUCAAAUACCACUACCGGAGGAGUCGCCAGCCAAAAAGCAGUCUAAGUGGGGACCAGAGGAGGACAAUCUAACUAUCGAAUUACGUGGCCAGGGCAUGAAAUGGGAUGACAUCGCCAAAUGCCUGCCAGGCAGAAGCUCUGUUUCGUGCCGUCUACGCUACCAAAACUACCUGGAGAAGCGCGCCGUCUGGGAUGAAGAAAAAAAGGACAAGCUCGCGAGACUUUACGCUCGUUUCAAGGACCAGAUGUGGCAGAAAGUGGCGACCGAAAUGGGAAUUCCAUGGCGUUCAGCCGAGUCCAUGCAUUGGCAGCUUGGAGAACGGGAGAUGAGCGCGCGCGCGAAUGCUCUAGUUUUUCAAUUACACCCGUCGGCUACUUCUGGGAGCACACAUGCAGGCGACACUAUCAAACUAGAGGAUAUGCCUUUACAGAAGCUUGAAUCACCACCGCGUCAGAUUUCAGCCAAGGUCCACCCCAGCGGCGUUCCAACGGUACCCGUACCCGACAAUUGGCUGUCCAUAAAGAAAGAAGAGGAGUAACAGCCGUCGAACGAAUCGGUGGGCAGGAGAAGCGAGGAAUACUAGCAGGCUCUUCUGCAGUUAUUGGUGGCAUUACUGCGAAUCGUUUCGGACUCUUAUGGG